UAUGGUGGGUGCUGAGAGGGACGACUAUUUUGGUGAGACUGCCUUGGAGAAGAACACCUGGGGCUGCCUUCUGUGUCCCCCACUCGAUGAUAAGUGCAGGCUCUGCACCCUGCCCAAGACGCUGCUGGCCGUGGCCCCCUGUGCCCAGGCCUGCAGCCCCUCAGUACCUUACUCUUCUACUCCCAGAUCCUGCUCCCGCUGCAGCACAGAUGGGGAUCCCCUGGGGUUGCGGCCUCCCCAGCCUCACCGGCCAUGUCAGCGGCUUCCUGACUUCCCUCGUCACUCUGCACCUUCUCCAGCUGGGCUCAGCCCAGCUCAGAGUGGUGGGACCAGGACACCCCGUCACUGCCACCGUGGGGCAGGAUGUCGUGCUGCCCUGCCACUUGUCCCCUCAACGCGAUGCUCGCACCUUGGACGUCAAGUGGAUCCGGGACAGGUUAUCUGAGACAGUGCACCACUACCACAAUGGAGAGGACCUCUAUGGGGAGCAGACGGGAGCAUAUGCCGGGAGGACAGAGUUGGCCACAGAUGGUCUCUCUGUUGGAAGCCUGGACUUGCUAAUCACGGGGCUGAGACCCUCUGAUGAUGGCCAGUACGUCUGCACUGUGGGAGAUGCUGAUGCUUAUGACGAAGCCAUUGUGGAGCUGGAGGUGUCAGCCACAGGCGCUGACCCCCACCUCUCCCUGGGGGGCUACGAGGACGGAGGCGUCCGGGUGCUGUGUCGAUCGGCCGGCUGGUACCCACUGCCGCAGCUGCUGUGGAGGGAUGCUCGUGGGCAGCACCUGCCCUCGGUCUCCCAGACACAUUCCCAGGACCAGGAGGGGCUCUUUGAAAUCGAAGGUGCCGUCAUCGUGACCGGGAGCAUAGAGGGGCCCUUGUCCUGCGUGGUCAGGAGCAGCCGCCUCCAGCAGGAACGGGAAUCAUCCCUGCACAUCGCAGCUCCCUUCUUCCACAAUGCCCAGCCCUGGAUGGUGGCUCUGGCUCUGGUCCUGGUGCUAUCGGCUGUGUCCAUUGGCCUCGGUGUUUAUCUCUUUGUAAAGAAAACGGCACAGAGCCGAGAGCUGGAGAAACGAUCUGCAGAGCUGGCAUGGAGAAAGUUUCUGCUGCCUCACAAUACAGUGAAGGUGACCCUGGAUCCACGCACGGCUCAUCCCCACCUUGUUGUGUCUCAGGACAACAGCAGUGUGAGACGGGAAAGUGAAUGGCAGAAGGUUCCUGAAACACCAGAGAGAUUUAACAAUAGGAGCUGCGUGCUGGGCUGUCAGGAGUUCAGAGAGGGGAGGCACUGCUGGUUGGUGGAGGUGGAGGGAGAGCGGCUAAAGGAUUCACGGUGGGCUGUGGGGGUGGCCAGGGCUUUUCUGGAGAGAAAGAAGUGGAUCUACAGGAGCCCUGAAGAAGGGAUCUGGGCUGUGCAGUACGACGAAGGACAGCUGAUUUCUCUCACGUCUCCUCCCACUCCCUUGUCCCUAUCCCCUGUCCCCGCAAGGAUCUGGGUCUGUCUGGACUGUACCCAGGGGCAGGUGUCUUUUAUCAACUCUGACAAUGGGGUCCAGAUCUUCACUUUCAGGGCAGCCUCCUUCAAUGGGGAGAGCAUCCGCCCCUGGUUCUGGCUGAGGACAGAGGGAAUUCAGCUGUGCCUGAGGGACAGCACCCCCUAGACCCUCUCCCCAGGCCUGGGGAGCUCCAUCCCUCCCCAAGACACUCCUGCAUCACCUCUCCUUGAUUCUGCAGGAGCAGCACAGAAAUGAAGGGCAGUGGGGCCAGGGGCUCUCCUUUAUUCCUCCCUGCUGCUGGGGGAAGGCUGGGAUUCUAAAACCAGGGGCCAGGCCCCUUGCAGCCCCUGGGCUCUGCCCUGCAUGCGGCUCCUGUGCUGGGGCACAAGCCCUGCUGGCACCCACGGCUCUCACCCUGCCUCUGAGCCCCAGCGGGCAGCACAGGGGCUGCAGCAGCUCUCCACGCUCCUCUCCCCUCUGCUUGCACUGCUUGCAGACCCCAGGGCAAGGGAUGUGGUCACUGUGUGCUGCCGGCCAUUGCAGGCCACCUUUGCCUCCUAGUUUGGGGUUGAUCUUUGCUCUGUGCCUGGUGCUGAGCAUGAGCAGUCUGUGGGGGCUCUGUGUUCCCUCCUCUGGAGCACAUCAAGGCCCAGCAGCAGCAGGACUGUGACAAAUAAAGUUUUGCUCAGGAA